UUGCGAGCAUCCACAACUAUCGUGCAGCAAGUUGUAAGUAAUUAGUUGUGCUCAGCAAAAUAAUAAAUAAAAUAAAUAAUUGCUGCGAGAAAUACAAUGAAUAUCAUACAAUCGAUUGCCAAACGGGAAAGAGGCUUAUUGAAUUUGUACGACUAUGAUGUCCAGCUGCAACAUUUGAAAUGCAUGAAUAACGAUGAAUAUCCUGGUGUUGAGGGUUCCUUCGAUUCUGAAGAUUAUUAUCCAUAUCCUCCUAUUUUUGCUUGUAAGUUUUCCUCUGCACCAGGAUAUGAACAAGUAAUUGCUCUUGCCAAUGAAGUUGGCAUGCUUGCUUUACAUAAUACUAAUAUAAAUUACGAAGAAAAGUCUCCUUUGAAAGGAUUUAGAGCUCAUUGCAAUGCUAUUUUUGAUAUCGACUGGAUGCCUCAAGAAUCAAAAUUAAUUACAGCAUCAGGAGAUCGUUCAGCCAAACUAUGGGAUGUUUCCUCUGAUUAUACACCAAUACAAGAAUUUUGUGGACACACAUCAUCUGUAAAAACAAUAGCAUUUCGUAAUCAAGACAAAGCUGUUUUUGCCACUGGUGGUAGAGAUGCAUCAGUUUUAAUUUGGGACACAAGAGCAAGUCACAGUGGUUUGCCCAAGCCAGAUAAUUCAAUAACAAAUGCACAUGAAGUAACAACUGCUGGUCAACUGUCUUGUAAAUCACCAUCUCGCUCUAACAAAUGUAAAAAUAGUUGUCCUAUGAGUGUCACUGCUCUUGCUUUCCAAGAUGAUUAUACUUUGUUUUCCUGUUCUGCUGGAGAUGGAUUAAUCAAAGCAUGGGAUCUCAGGAAAAAUUAUAGAUCUUGUAAAAAAGAACGAUUACCCAAAUAUUUCAUGAAAUAUACAGGUAAUGGAGGCAUCCAUAAUGGUUUUACAUCUUUAAAUAUUUGUCCAAGUGGGAACACAUUAUAUGCCAGUUGUAUAGACAAGAAAAUAUAUGCGUAUAAUAUAUGUUCUUAUGAGCCAGAACCAGUUGCUGAAUACUAUGGCCAUGGAUCUAAGCAUGAAUAUCUAUCAUUCUUUGUGAAAGCUUGUUUGAGUCCUGAUGGAAAAUACCUCAUAAGUGGAUCAAAUGAUCAGAUUGCUUAUAUCUGGAAUACAAAAAAUCCAGGAUGGCCUAUUCUUAAGCUGCCUGGUCACAUCGAUGAAGUAACUUGCAAUGCAUGGUGUAACAUUGGUGAAACAAAGAUUGUUACGUGUUCAGAUGACACUUAUUUUAGGAUAUGGCGUGUAAAACCUCACACAGAAGACGAUUCCAAUCCUGAAAGAGGGGUUCGUGCAAAGCGCUAUAAAAUAAAACGUGUCCACAAGAAACUAAGAGGUCGUCCAAUAGCACUCGAGGAGAACAAAAACAUAGUCGAGCCGCUACCACCACCUCCAUCAGUGGGUUCACCACUAAGAAUCCUUAAACCGAUAAUUAGCCCAUGCAAUAGUUCAAACUCCAUACCAACACCUUUUUCACCUACAACGGGACUACCAAACUUCGUCGUGGAUGGAACUGCGCCACAUUUGCUGCAGAAUUCGCCCCACAAGUUAAGAGAGAGCGUCGAUUGGUUGACAAAGUUAUGUAAAAGAAAAACUGAGGAUGAGACGCCAAAUCUAAUAGGCAGGUCAGCUGGACCUGGUUCUAAAAUGCCCAAGAGACGCAAGCUGCUUAUUCCUGCUAUUACUAAUUUUUACCGCAAAUUGAAUAGUGAUAACAAUAGUAGUUAGAAGAAUUUUUUUUGUAAUUACGUUUUUAUGAAAAUAUUGUUCGUAAAUAUGUAAUGGGGAUGUGGGGGUCGAAGAAUACCGGAUUAAGUACAAAUUAAUACAGUUACUGUUAUAUAUUGUGAUAUACAUGUAAGUGGAAGUUUUUUUAAUGACAUGUUUAGCAAUUAUUCGAAUUUUAUUAUACAUUCCAUUAGGAAUGGCGCGAUUUGUACUUCUAAUUUUGCAAUCAUAUGAUAUUUAGAAUUAAUUUGAUUUAUAAUCUUUUUAUUUUCCUCGAAUCGUAAUAUUGAUGUCUAAUAUAAUAAUGAAAUUUAUGUUUUUUUAGAAAGAAUCAAUUGAGUACAAUCAAUUACAAAUUCAAUUGUUUCUAACUAGGAAAAUUUC